AGCUGCAUGCGCCUACGCACAAUGAAUAGCAAUAUCAAGUAUUUCUACAAGUGGCGGCUCAUUAAAUUCAACAGAAACAUAAUGACGUUUCCAAAUAGUUUUUGUGAAUCUACCCGAUAGUAAAUAUAUUUCUUUCUAUUCAUCACAUCGAGUCAUUACAACAUCUCUGUACUUAAAUUUACAAUUUUUUUAAGUAUACACGUAUUUUCAAGUAUUUUCGGGUUUUAUUUACAAACCAAAUAGGACCCUCUUAUGUCUCACAAGUAGACAUAAAUUGGCGACCGUGACAGGACACGGAUUUCAUCAAAACGAAUCUUUGCGACGUACUACGCCCCAUAGUCAGGAGUACGUGGCGCAUCCGAAGUUGAAGAUCGUCAGAAUCGGCGUCUAAGCUACAGACGACUUAGUCACGACCACGACAGCAAACUUCCAAAGAGAUAAGUGUUCCAAUCCUUGUUCCUACUCAUACCAAAUCAUAGAUUUCCAGUUACUCACCAUUAUAUUGCCUCCACAGUGCAUCCAAGGUCACAAAGGGCAACAAGACUAAAGUCAUAUUCAUCAAGUAGAAUCAUUUACAACAAUAAUUCAUGUAAAUUAGGUUUUCCUUGUUUAACAGAUUGGGGUUCAAAGGUCAUUAAAGUAAUACAUUGUUACCUACAAAUUCAAAGUUGCCUGCAAAUAUUGUUUUAUAUAUUUCCUAUUUAUUAUUUCAAACGAUUAUUUGUUCAACAUAAUCUCGUUUUAGGUAACAAUUUGAUGUUUAUUUAAUGAGAAAUAUUAAUUAAAUCUCAACUUCAUUGAAGUAUUCCCUCUCAAUUUCAUUGAGGCUAACUUUGAUUAGCCAUUAUAAACUACAGUGAUAAUUUGUCCCAAAACAGAUUUCGAUUAUUUUAGCAGUACAUUUUUAUAUCUUUAAACAAUUACCGUUCCAUUUCGUAGUUAGGUACUACAAGUUCAUCCUAUUUCAACAUAAAGUUAUUACAAUAACUUAUCAAUUUAUCACAUUAUUAUUUGUUGCUUUAUCUGUUCUGCCGAAAUUUCCAGGACGAGGCGGUGCCCGGACACGAUCCAGCUCGCUGUUUGAUCGAGCACGUGUACGGAACCGGUUUCUUUGACGCUGUCGUCGAGCUGAAGGGAGUGAGAUACACCUAUUUACAUUCUAUUGUAAACCAAGUGCAGCUAAGUGGACAAGUUAUUAUUAGUUUUGUUUUUCUAAGUCAUAACAAUGACUUCUGAGUCUGACAAACAUAAUACUUUUAAAUACAAGGAAUUAAGUUUGAGGCGUAGUUCUAUCAAAGGACAAAUAACAAAAUUUAAAAAUUAUAUAUCAACAUUAGAAUUAGUGCAGCUAUCUGGCAUUCAACUUGUCGAGUUAUCUUUAAGGUUAAGUAAGUUUGAAGGUUUGUCCACCAAGUUUGAUGACCUUCAGACUGAAAUUGAAGUGUUAAAUCACAAAAAUAUAGAUUCAGAGCUUGAUGAGCGUGAUGUUAUCGAGCGAGAUAUUAUUUCAUGUAUAGCAACUGCAAAGAAUUUAAUUGAAGAUGCAAACAAUUUAUCUGACGCGCGGCGUAAGUCUUCUGUGUUCUCAUGCCAUCACCCUCAUGGUUCUGAGUUUACCGGUUUUAAAUUGCCGCGUAUUGAGAUUUCUAAAUUUAACGGAGCAUAUUUUCACUGGCUUGAAUUCCGAGACACGUUUCAGGCGUUAGUUCAUAAUAACGAACGCAUUUCCGACAUUCAUAAAUUUCACUAUUUGAUAUCAUACCUUGAAGGAGAUGCGGCUCGUAUCAUUUCAAAUCUGGAAGUCUCUUCAUCAAAUUAUAAGGAGGCCUGGUCUUUAUUAUGCGAACGAUACGACAACAAGAGGUUGCUUAUUAAUUAUCAUUUAUCAGAAUUAAUUAACAUGAAGCCGAUAAUUAACGAAUCCGAGCGAUCGUUAAGAUUUUUAGCAGACCACGUUACAAAAAACUUACGUGCGCUUUCUAACUUGGGUCGACCCACCGAUAAGUGGGAUGAUAUAAUCAUAUUUAUGAUGACGUCCAAAUUGGAUAGUAAUAGUCUAAUGAAAUGGGAAGAGUUACAAAAUUCGUUUGAUUCUGUUGAUGAUCUGCCAACCUUAACUCAGUUUCAUAAAUUCUUAACUGACCGCGCUGGUGUCUUGGAAGCUAUCAAUCGUGGUAAAUCGGAUAAUAAUAACAAAAUGCUAAGGGAGACAUCUCGUCCUAGCCAGAGUUCUCAUAACCAAACGUCACAUUUUAAUAAUAAACACAACAAUAGUUUCACGAACAAGAAUAAUAAGCCAUCAUUCGUUAAAUCUUUUAUUAGCAAUCAACAAAAAACACAAAAAAGAAUUGAUUGCGUUAUUUGUAAUGAGUCACACAGAUUAUACUCAUGUCCUACAUUUAAAAACAAAGGUGUUAGUGAAAGACUAGCUGAUGUUCAGAAAUACAAUCUGUGUUAUAAUUGUUUGAGAGAGGGACAUCAUGCGGCUGACUGUCCAUUGGGUCCUUGUACUUUUAAGGACUGCAAUGAGCGCCACAAUUCGCUUUUGCAUCAAUCGCGUGCAGUAUUAUCCACGAACUCAGCUGAAGUACUAUCAACUUUUUCAGAGCCAUACACAGAUCAUGUAUUUUUAUCUACCGUUGUUGUUGAAGUGUCGAACCCGCUGACCAAAACCACGGAGAAAGUACGCGCUCUCUUGGAUUGUGGUAGUCAGUCUUCACUAAUAACAAAAAAUCUAAAACAUAAAUUACAAUUAAAUACAAAUAAAACAAAUGAAAUAAAUAUAAUGGGUAUAGGCAAUAACCUAUGUCACAAGGUUACUGAAUCCUGCAAGAUUACAUUAAAUUCUACGAACAAUCCAUAUAGCAUUACCUUAUCCUGUUUAGUGCUUGAUGAGCUCACAGGAGAGCUACCCAAGGUUCCUAUAAAUAUACAACACUUUACUUUACCUGAUUAUAUAAAGUUAGCCGACCCUAGUUUUAACGUACCAGCGAAGACAGACGUUAUACUAGGAGCUGACAUAUUCUGGGAUGUUGUAGGAACAGAACAAUACUCCCUCGGUCCCAAGAACCCAAAAUUAAUUAAUUCUAAAUUUGGCUGGCUUGUAGCUGGCCCGAUGUUUUCAAGUUGUUCUAAAUAUAUACAAUGCAAUCAUUCAAGUAGUUUAAAUAAAUGUCACUCAGAUGCACUUACAGAAAUUGAUAAAAAAUUGACUAGAUUUUGGGAAAUCGAAGAACUUCCCCAAAGGUCUAGUUACUCCCCAAGUGAAAGAUUGUGCGAGCAACAUUUUAUCGAAAAUACCACUCGUUUAAGUUCAGGUAGGUUUUGCGUCAAAUUGCCUUUGCUUGAUGACCCUAACACUCUUGGCGAUUCAUACAAUUUAGCCAAAAAACGGUUCUUAAAUUUGGAAAAACGAUUUCAUAAAAAUCCAGAGCUCAAAAUACAGUACGCAGAAUUUAUUAAUGAAUAUGCCAAACUAGGUCAUUUAUCCGAAUCACAUAAUGCAAAACCCACCCCAAAUUAUUUCCUGUGUCAUCAUGCAGUUUUCAAGGAAGAGAGUGAGUCUACCAAAAUCCGAGUGGUUUUCGACGGUUCGGCUCCCUCUUCUUCUGGCCGCUCCCUCAAUGACAUUCUCAUGGUUGGCCCUAAUAAGCAAGACUCUCUUUUUUACAUUUUGAUCAGGGCUAGACAGUACAAAUUUCUUCUCACUGCUGACGUUGAGAAAAUGUUCCGCCAGGUGGCAUGUCACAGUGACGAUCAAAAUCUACAACUGAUCUUAUGGAGAGAAGACGAGUCACAGCCAAUCAAAACGUACAAGUUGAAUACCGUCACUUACGGCACAGCAAGUGCGAGCUAUUUAAGUACGCGUUGCCUGUGGCAACUAGGGGAAGAAUGUGGGGAUAAAUUCAUCAAAUCUAUAAUACAAAAUGAUUUUUACGUCGAUGAUCUCAUCACUGGGUCAAAUGACGAGGAUGAGUUGCGCCAUAUAAAAGAGCAAGUGUCUAAUGUUCUAAACUCAGGAUGUUUUCCAUUACGGAAAUACAAAAGUAACUCAAAAAACAUUUUCCAUAACAACACUGAUGUACAACGAGAUAAACUAAUUACAAGUGAAUCGUCGAGCACUCUCGGACUAGGAUGGAACCCUUCUACUGACGAACUACACUUUCCAAUUAAAUGUACGUCAGUUAAUCGACAGCUAACAAAGCGUAUUAUAAUGUCAAAUUCUUUAAAAAUAUUUGAUCCUUUAGGUUUAUUGAGUCCUUGCACAAUUGUACCCAAGAUAAUGCUGCAAAGGCUGUGGCUCCUCCGAGUGAACUGGGAUGACCCUGUUCCUCAGGAUAUUCAAUCCUCUUGGGACGAGUUUGUAAACAAUUUACAUUAUCUAGCCAAUUUAUACAUUCCAAGAAAUGUACUUUGCGAGAACGCAAACGUUAUUGAAAUACAUUCGUUCAGUGAUGCUUCGCAAUGCGCCUAUGGUGCUUGUGUUUAUGUCAAAUCUAUAAAUCAAAAUAAUUCCAUUAGCAUUAAAUUGUUAUGUUCAAAAUCUAGAGUGUCACCUUUAAAACCCGUAACAAUUCCUCGUUUGGAACUAUGUGCCGCGUUGCUCUCUGCCAGAUUGACCAAAGCAGUGUGCGACGCCAUAAAAUAUAAACCUUCUCGCGUGGUCCAUUGGUGUGACAGCAGCGUAGUCCUCGCAUGGAUUCACAGUGUACCUAGAAAUUUAAAGGUAUUUGUAGCAAAUCGCAUAGGUGAAAUUUUGGAACUUACGCAGCCGUCAUCAUGGCGAUACGUACCCACAGCAGACAACCCAGCUGAUCAUAUUUCAAGGGGUGUUACUCCAAGUCAAUUGCCGGAGUUAAACCUGUGGUGGCACGGCCCACAUUUUUUGUACAAAAAUGAGUCAGAUUGGCCCUUAUUAAAUUCUAAUAUUAUAAAUAAGGACAACUUACCUGAGGUUAAAAUCAAUCUUCACACUGAUGUUGUUGAACCAUUAAUAAAUUUUGCGAAUUACUCUUCAUUUACCAAACUCCAACGCGUGUUAGCUUUCAUCAAAAGAUUUAUUUAUAAUUCUCAGAAUAGAUGUGUUAAACGUACUGGCUACUUAUCCACCAAUGAGUUAAAUCAGUCAUUCUAUAGCCUCUGUUUCAUGGCGCAACAGCAAAUAUUUCAAUUAGAGUAUAAACUUUUAAAACAAAACAAACCGUUACCAAAUAAAUCCAAAAUUUUACCAUUGUCACCUUUUGUCGAUAGCAAUAAUUUAAUUAGAGUUGGUGGCAGAAUUCAAGCUUCCGGAUUUUCAUAUGAAAGGAAACAUCAAAUCCUUCUUGACUCUUCCCACAUUCUAACAAGGUUAUUUUUUUGGAAAGAACAUGUUCGUCAGAUGCACGCCGGGCCACAACUAUUGCUAGCUACAGUUCGGGAAACAAUCUGGCCUAUCAACGGUCGUCAUCUGGCUCGUCGCACAGUACGCAACUGUGUAACAUGUAGACGCUUCCAAGGGAAAACCCUUCAGCCCAAAAUGGGCAAUCUCCCUGCACAGCGCAUUACCGUCGAUUUUCCCUUUGUUUCAGUUGGUCUAGAUUUUGCUGGCCCGUUCUUUAUCGUUAACCGAAGAGGACGAGGAGCAAGAUUGACGAAAUGCUACAUGUGCUUAUUUAUUUGCAUGCGCUACAAGUGUAUACAUUUAGAGGCUGUAGGCGGUCUAUCCAAGGACGAUUUUUUGAUGACAUUGAAGCGUUUCAUCGCUCGACGCGGUAAGCCAGUGGAAAUAUUCUCCGACAACGGUCGUAAUUUUGUCGCGGCGGCCAAGGAGCUAGGAUCAUUUCUAAAGACAUAUAACCACUUACUUUCCGACUUUGCUGCACUAGAAGGAAUACAAUUUAAUUUCAUCCCUGCUUACUCCCCUCAUUUCGGCGGCAUUUGGGAAUCAGGUAUUAAAUCCGCAAAACACCAUGUCAAACGUGUUAUAGGCAAUUUACACCUCACCUUUGAGGAAUUGCAGACUUUGUUCGCACAAGUGGAGGCAAUAUUAAACAGCCGGCCCUUAUGUCCAAUGUCCUCAAAUCCCAACGACUUUCUUCCCCUUUCUCCGGGACACUUUCUCAUCGGAAGACCGUUAACCACGUUCCCAUCUCCACUAGUAGAAGAGACGGAUCCCAACAAGCUAAAGCGAUAUAAAAGAUUAGAGCAACUCCGACAGCAUUUUUGGCAACGUUGGCAAAACGAGUACAUCAAUGAACUACAAAGAAGACAAAAAUGGAUGAGGGAAUCUCCUCAGCUUAAGGUCGAUGAUUUAGUCCUGAUUAAAGAGGAAAACCUGCCGCCCCUGUGUUGGAGACUUGGAAGGGUGACAAAAUUGUAUCCGGGACCUGAUGGCGUGGUACGAGUGGCGGACGUCAGAACUCCUACAAGCUGCCUUCGACGAGCUUUGGUUCGCUUGUGCCCCCUUCCCAUUCCAGAAGACGAUCCUAAGUUGAAAGAGAAUCCUUUCAACGGGGGGAGCAUGGCGCAGCUGCAUGCGCCUACGCACAAUGAAUAGCAAUAUCAAGUAUUUCUACAAGUGGCGGCUCAUUAAAUUCAACAGAAACAUAAUGACGUUUCCAAAUAGUUUUUGUGAAUCUACCCGAUAGUAAAUAUAUUUCUUUCUAUUCAUCACAUCGAGUCAUUACAACAUCUCUGUACUUAAAUUUACAAUUUUUUUAAGUAUACACGUAUUUUCAAGUAUUUUCGGGUUUUAUUUACAAACCAAAUAGGACCCUCUUAUGUCUCACAA